AUGCAUUCUGCGUUUUCGCUUCCGAUGUUUGGUAUGGCCACAACACCGUCAAAGUUAACUAGUAGUGAACAACCUGAAUUACCAUUGAUUUCGUCAACACCAACAGCAUCACAUUCGGUUACGAAUACUAUCACUAAUAAUAAUCAUUUAUCACUCACACCAUCACCACCAAAUGAUAAUCAACGACAAGAAUUUUUAUCGUUAAUAAAUAAUACGGAAAAUUGUGAUAUAUUUUAUAAAUAUAUGAAAAAUGAAAAUUUAACCUAUGUAUUAGAAUUUUAUCUUGCAUGCGAUGGUUUAAGACAUCAUCUCGAUGACGAAAGUAAAACAGGUGAAAUAAUUAAUUUAAUUAAUACACAUUAUAUUAAAAAUAAAAGUUUAUCAACAAGUUCGAAAUUUCGAUUAUCCGAUGAUAUUCUGAAAUUAAUUAAAACAAAACUCAAUAGAAAAGAAUAUCAUUUAAAAUUUUACGAUAUUGCUCAAGAAUAUGUAUUUAAAUACAUGUUACAAACAUGUUAUCCAAAAUUUUUACUAGUACAACAGCAACAACAACAACCACCAUUAAAAUGUCAAACAAAAUCACAAACUUCUACGCCAAUACAUAAUAAUUAUUUAAUAACAGGACAAAAAACUAUAGUGUUUGAUCAAUUCAAACAACAACGAUUCUAUAACAAUAACAAUAAAAGUCAAUUUUCCAGUCCGAUGAUAACACCAUCUAUUCUAAAUUCAUUAGCGCCAACGAAUGUGAAUAUUGAAAAUGGAAUUGAUUUGAACACAUCAAAAACUAUACCACGUACAUCAAAAAUUACUAAACAUCAACAAGAAAAAUAUAGUUUAGCAGAACGUAAUCCAGGUGCAUUUUUUGAAGAAGUAAAGAGAAGAUUAUUGCACGUGUUAGCUGAACAAGAAAAACGAAAUUCUCUAAUUACAACAACAACAACAGAUAUGAGAUUAUCACAAUCAUUAAAUAUAAAAAAUAAGUCAUUUUCUUUCAAUGAUCGAACAAAAGUGUGUACAACAAUGAUUGAUGAUGAUUCGUUAGCUGUUAUUGAUAAUCAGAUUAAUCGUACGAUACCUGAUGCUGAUAAUAUUUUAUUUAGUGAAAAUAAUAAUCAUACACGAUUAAAUGUAAAUAGUACAGUAUAUCCUCGACAACGAUAUCGUCAACGUAAUAUAGACGAUUCAAUAAUAAACACAACAAAAGUAUUGGAUUCAAAUAAUUCAUUCCAAAAACCAUUGACAAGAACAAGUGGAUAUAAACGAAAUUCUGUACAUGAACGAUCAACACCAUAUAAUAUGGGAUGUUCAACGUUAAGAAGUUUUACAACAUCUGAUUCUGGCGUCUCAACGGGUGGAUCAGAAAAAAAUUACGACAUGUUUUUAUCAGUGGCAACGUCCUCAUCGAUAGGUGCCACACCUUUUGAAACAACACAACCACCCACGCCAUCAAUUACGUCAGUUAAAAGAAGAAAUAUCAUGGCAGAAUCGAUCGGUGUUGUAUGUUAUCCAUCUUUAGACUCAAAAAGACCAAUUAUGUCGUUUAUAAAAUUUCAACAACAUUUUAAUGACCAAAUCACAUUUAAGGAGUUUAAAGAAUUGUUCAAGAGGGCAGAUACUCACAGAUGUUUUUUCAAAACAACGUGUACAGCCGACAUUAAUAUUGAAAAAUUUGUAUUUUUAGAAUUAACAAGUGAUGAUGAUAUAGUACCAUUUUUUGAUGGUAAAAUAAUUUUGCAAUUGGACAAAAUUAAUUAA